CUGUUCGUUUCCCGUCUACGCAACUACCUGGACAUAAAUAGCGACCCCUCGUCCCUACCGCCGUUCCCUCUACCCAGACUUUGUCUUAGUGGAGUCGCACGAAAAAUUUCUCCGGCGUUUAAAUCUCUGAGUCAACUGAGUGGGGACGAAAGCUGAAUCGCUAAUAUAAAUCACCACUACAUUGCGUUUCGCUGUUGGCUGGAGAUAGCCUUACAAAUAGAAAGUGUUGAACCGUCUUAUUUACAUACGCCUCCGUCCGGUUUCUUUCUUGCACUUCUCUUCUCCUUCUCCUAUACUUUCUAUAGUCUGCUACAGCUCCUGUUCGUACGCUGUACCUGACGUAACUGUCUGCUACUGCAACUGGCGCACUUCAGCCUUCCGCUAUCUGUGGCUCUUUAUCUUCGACCGAUCUCGAGAUUGAUUUUUUUUCUCGGAUUUUCACUCACUGUGAUUUUUGAUUUUUAAUUAAUUUUCUCACCGAAUAACCAUUUUUCCAGCUGUUUGUUUGUUCCAGCCACAAUUUCCAUUUAAUUCCUUCCAUAUUCCCUCAAUUGUCACACUGCCCCAGCACAUUUGCCCAGGAUGGACCCAACACACGAUCCCAACUUCACACCGCCCUCGUUGAACAGAAACAUCGAGCCCCCGGCUCCGUCUUCUGAGAUUCCCCUUAACAUGCCUAUCCAGCCGUUUGUAUUAGCUGAUUUAGGCGGAGCUGUAGAUGCUCCUCCACCACACCCACCCAAAAACAGAACCAAGCACGCUGUAGUUGACGAGUUUGGCAAUUACCACUCAAAGAUCCCGCGGAUCCAGACGGAUUUGGUGAACUCUUCUUCUGACGAAGAUGUCACUGACUCGCAAUCGACAUCGAAAAACGACAUAGAUCAAACUGUUCCCAUUUUUCCACCAACUGUGCUGGUGAAAUCAAGCCAAAUCGCAGACUUAGAAGAGGUUCCCCACGGCAUCCAGAGACUGGCUACUACUUUGGACCAGUACCAGUUUCCCACGCAUAGACUUGCCACAACGUUGCUGGACGACUCCAAGUACCCGUUGGUAAUAGUUGCCUGUGGCUCGUUUUCUCCCAUCACCUACUUGCACUUGCGUAUGUUUGAGAUGGCUCUAGAUGCGAUUACUGAACAGACCCGUUUUGAAGUCAUAGGCGGCUUUUAUUCGCCGGUAUCUUCUAAUUACAAGAAACAAGGUUUGGCUCCUGCCCACCACCGUGUGAGAAUGUGCGAGUUGGCUUGUGAAAGAACCUCGUCGUGGCUCAUGGUGGAUGCGUGGGAAUCGCUACAGCCACGCUACACCAGAACAGCUUUGGUGUUGGACCACUUCAACGAAGAAAUAAAUAUCAAAAGAGGCGGAAUCAAGAAUCGAAACGGAGAAAGCAGAGGUGUCAAAAUAAUGCUCUUAGCCGGUGGUGAUUUGAUCGAAUCGAUGGGCGAACCAGAUGUAUGGGCAGACCAGGAUUUACAUCAUAUCUUGGGCAAGUACGGCUGUCUAAUUGUCGAAAGAACCGGUUCUGAUGUCAGAAGCUUCCUUUUGAGCCACGACAUCAUGUACGAACACAGACGAAAUGUAUUGGUAAUCAAACAGUUGAUCUACAACGACAUUUCCUCAACUAAAAUCAGACUCUUUAUCAGAAGGGGCAUGUCCGUACAGUACCUUUUGCCGAACUCAGUCAUCCGCUACAUACAGCAGCACAAGUUGUACUACGACUCCGAACCAGUCAAGGAAGUCAUGUCUGAAAACGCUGACUAA